CGGGGCCGGGCACGGUGGGGCUCCCGCGGCGGGAAGCGGGGCCGGGCGGUGCGAGGGCAGCGGGCGGCUCGGCCUGGGGGAGCAUUAGGCUUUCCCGCAGGGUCGCUGCCACGCAGUCCCGGCUGCUGCUGGACUGGACGCGGCGGAAGCGGCCGGGCCGCGGUGUUGGAGGCAGCGGAGCCCGGGAGCCGGUUGUGUUUAGCAGCCAGUCCUUGCAGAGCCGACACCCGGGGGACUUCUGGACAUUGCUUGGCAGUCUCGUGCCAGCUUGAUGUGUGCGGGACACAGGUGGAGCUGGACGAGAUGAGGUGUUUGUGAGCGCGUUGGCACUUGCCAUGCACCCAGCGGGGCCGGUGGACGGCAGCUUCUCCCGCUCCGCUGUGCAGACCCUUUCCCGGAGCCACUGCCGCAACAUCAAACAGAAGAUCUCCCAGUGGGAGGGGAGGACACGGGGGUGCUCCAGCAAGGAGAAACAGCAGCUGAAGGACUUUGGGGUAGAGUGUGAUCCCAGCUGUGAUGUUCUAGCCGAAGGGAAGGCAGAACGGACAGAGAAAGGCAGAAGGACUGCGUCCAAAGAUCCAAAGAGCCUGGGUUUGGAUUUCAGGGAAGAUGCACGGAGCCGCGUGCAGGCUGGUGACUGCGGUGAGCUCCAGCCCUGGGAGAAGGAGGACAAAGGAGAAUGGCAAGCAGGCUUCCUGCCCCCGGGUAACUUCUAUACCUCACAGGCGCUGUGGAGGAGGGUAGAUCCCCUUCUGGCUGGGAAAGCCCCACCGGUUCCCUUGGACCUUCAGAAGCAGCGAGGGAUCUGUGGCUCCACAGAAGAAGAACUUAAAAUCAAAGGAGUGGGUGCUCUCUGCGGGGCAGAGAGGAGCUGGAGAAACAUUUACUGUGAGGCUGAGGGGCAAGAGGAGGAGCCGGCUGCUGUCCCACCGCCCAAGCCCCGCAGGACUUUCCGCUAUCUUGCAGAAAAGGCCGCCGGUAGCUGCAGUGAUGCCACUGCUACCAGGGAAGCUGCCCUGCAAAAGCAGCACAGAGGAGACUCGCUGUCAUCCUCCAACAACCCUGAGACGAGAAUAGCCAGCAGGAGGAUCAGAGGGAGAGCCCAGAGGAAAUCUUUUGAGUUUGAGGACAUCCAGGGCUUCCGCAACCAGAUGGCAACCACUAAGUCCCACAGACUUCAAGAAGAGGCAAAUGGCACUGCAGGAUCCAGGCUCGUCUACACACAGUCAGAAGACAACAUCUACGAGGACAUUAUCUGUCCCGCAAGAGAGAACCCCUAUGAAGAUAUCGGGGCGCUGCCCCUACCCCUGUGGAAGGUCCCGUCUGUCUGGAAGUUUCCACCCCCCCGGAGUACCAGGGGGGCUCCCAAGCCUCCCCCAAAACCUGCCUUCCUCAGUCGCAAGACUCUUGAGCUAAAGCCCUCCCAGACAAAUUUCCAAGGGAAAGUGGUGAAGGACACAACCCUGCCUGUCACCCUGAGCGAGUGGAAGCUGUUCCGAGCAGCAGAGGCUGCCAGCAGGAGGAAGAACUUGCCCUGGGUGCCUUUGCGGUUGGGCUGUGUAAUAGAAAACGGAGAUCUGGUGCCGGACACUUUGCUGUUCUGCGUCUGUUUGCUGGUGCUAAAAAUCCAGGAGAUAUUUGAUUCUAAGAGGGGAAAGAAGAGGGUGAAGUUGCUCAGUCCUGCUGGGAGAGAAGCGCCUCCAGUGAAAGGUGAAACCAGCGGGAAUGAGAGUGAUACGGAAAAUCAGCCAAAAAGUCGACACAGGUGCCUGCUACAGUCCACCUGCAAGAGGAACCCGCACUACCAGACUUUGGAGAGGGAUUUGAUAGAGCUCCAGGAGCAGCGGCUGUUCGAGUUGUUUGUGGUGGUGUCACUGCACAAGAAGGCAUCCGACAGGACGUACACACCACAGGUCAUACAGCAGUUUCCCAGCAAGCCUGAACAUCCCUUCCGACAGUCCAAGGAUACUGAAGAGAGGCUAAAGGUCAUUCCCAAAUUCUGCUUCCCAGAUCCCAAAGACUGGUUUCCUGCGUCAGACCUAAAAAGUGAAACGUUUUCUUUUGUGUUGACGGGUGAGGAUGGCAGCCGCUGGUUUGGGUACUGCAAGAAGCUCCUGCCAGAAGGGAAAGGGAAGCGCCUUCCCGAGGUGUACUGCAUCGUCAGCCGCCUGGGCUGCUUCAACCUCUUCUCCAAGAUUUUAGACGAAGUGGAGAAGAGGCGAGAGAUCUCCCCAGCCCUAGUGCACCCGUUCAUGCGCAGCGUGAUGGAGGCACCUUUCCCCGCGCCUGGACGCACCAUUACCGUGAGGAGUUUCCUGCCGGGAGCGGGAAAUGAGGUGAUGGAACUCUGCCGGCCCUUGGAUUCUCGACUCGAACACGUUGACUUCGAAUGCCUGUUUAAGUGUCUCAGCGUCUCUCACAUGAUUCGCGUCUUUGCCUCUCUCCUGCUGGAAAGGAGGGUGAUCUUUGUUGCUGACAAUUUAAGCACGCUGUCUAAAUGUGGCCAUGCCGCGGUUGCAACGCUUUAUCCCUUCACUUGGCAACACACCUACAUACCAGUCCUGCCAGCUUCCAUGAUUGAUAUUGUGUGCUCUCCGACCCCGUUCUUAAUUGGCAUUCUCUCCUGCUCGUUACCGCAGCUCCAGGACCUGCCCAUCGAAGAGGUUCUGAUUGUUGAUCUUUGUGCUGACAAGUUCUUGCAAGAGGUAUCAGAUGAAGAUGAGAUCCUGCCUCAUAAGCUCCAGGCUGCGCUGGUACAAAUCUUGGAAGAACGAAGCGAAAUCUUGUCACAUGAACAGAGCGACACACAAGGUGACAUUCCUCUCAACUCCCUGGUCUCCGAAGCUUUUGUGCAGUUCUUUGUGGAGGUGGUUGGGCACUACUCCUUGCACAUGAACGUCACAGAGAAAGGGGAGCGGGCGUUUCAGCGGGAGCCGUUCCGUAAAUCUCACGCGUCGCGCAGCGUGCGCCAGUUCUUGCACUGCUUCAUGGAGACGCAGAUGUUUGCAGGGUUCAUACAGGAUCGAGAACUACGCAAGAACGCUGUCAAAGGCCUCUUUGAGAUCCGUGCCUUGGAGUAUUUGGAGAGUAUCCCGGAGACGGAACCAACUGGAGUGAAUAAAAUCCUUCGCAGUCUUGGGAGCAAAAUGAAGUUUCUCCAGAAGCGGUGACCGUGCGCUGCUGCGGGCCAGCCAGGCGGCGGGGCCGGACCCCUGUUUGCCUGCAGGAGGGCUGGGGCUGCGCGGGGCACUGUGUGCAGCUGCUGCUGCCGUUCAACAGCCGUUAAAUGACGUUAAUUAACGACCUUCAAA